AUGAAUCCUGACGACAUCUCCGAUCUUUCCUCGCCUUUGAGCUCUAUUCCGAGUUCUCCUCUCAGCUCUCCUCCAAGUUCACCGAUUCUACCUCCGGGCUGGCAUACUCUCACCCCUCCACCUUCGCAGCAUGCAGGCGACGAUAUUGCCCCUGCUCGCAAGCGCCGAAAGAUCGAACCCAAGAUACGUACUACCCAAUACCUGGAUCUCACUUCAGAUACCGCUCAGUCCGACUAUGAUCGAACAGAAGCUCUAGAUACGCUACUCAAAGCCCUGCGCAAUCGGAGGAAAAUUGUGGUUAUUGCAGGGGCUGGAAUCUCUGUGUCAGCUGGCAUCCCGGACUUCAGAUCUUCCCAUGGACUCUUCAAAAGCUUGAGGGGUGAACACAAAUUGAAAAGCUCGGGCAAAAUGCUUUUCGACGCCUCUGUCUACAAGGAUGACCUCUCUACCUCGAGUUUCCACGAGAUGGUACGCAAGCUCUCCAAGAUGGCAGAGAACGCCAAGCCGUCGGCCUUUCAUCGCUUCCUGGCCAGAUUGUCCGUCGAAGGCCGUUUAUUACGACUCUACACGCAAAAUGUGGAUGGCCUGGAGACCUCUCUGCCUCCACUGGCUACUCAAGUGCCUUUGAACCACAAAGCUCCCUGGCCGCAAACCAUCCAAUUACAUGGCGGUCUCGAAAAGAUGAUGUGUCAAAAGUGUAGACAUAUAUCUGACUUCCAAGCUCAUCUCUUCAAAGGGCCAACCCCGCCACUAUGCCCUCAAUGUGUUGCUGCAGAUACUUUGCGGACCGCCCAUGCUGGAAAGCGAAGUCAUGGCGUUGGUAGAUUGCGACCAAGAAUUGUUCUUUACAAUGAACAUAAUCCCGAUGAUGAAGCCAUUGGAGCAGUCACUACAGCAGAUUUCCGAACAAGACCUGAUGCUGUCAUCGUGGUAGGUACAAGUAUGAAAAUUCCAGCAGUGCGACGAAUUGCCCAUGAAAUGUGUCAAAUUGUCAGAGAUCGACGAGAGGGAACCACGAUAUGGAUCAACCGAGAUCCAGUUCCGCCUGGUAAAGAUCUCGAAAAUUGUUGGGAUCUCAUUGUCAAGGGCGACAGUGACGAGGUAGCGCGACUGGCCGGUUUGAAAGAAUGGGACGAUCCCAAUCCCGAAGUGGCAGAGAACUACACGGAGGCCGAUCUUGAAAGAGUCAAGUCAGGUCAAGGACCGAUUGAGGUUGUCAUUCCGGCAACUCCAAAAAAGAACGAGAAUGUCGCUCAACGACUGUUGCCUUCACCUGUUGUUCACAACGUGACCCCUCCUCGCAGUCAAAACGGGGAGGGACCUGCAAAUUCCUCGAAGAGCCAGCAAGCUAUCACCUCUUCUCCAGUACGAAUCAAACUCAAUGUCACUGAUCGAAGUAAAAACGCAGCCCCGGUGAAAAAUGCUGCCAAUGCCGGGAAGUCCAUUGCGGAAAUCCUCGGUGGAAAAGAGAACAAAGGGAAAGGCGCCAUCAAGUCGAAAACCUCUCUCAACAGAAAACCCAAAGUCGUCAAAAUUCGAGCUUCUACCAAUCCUCGUUCUCAAGCAACUAUUACAGGCAAAGUCACGAAACCGACCUCAUCCAAUAAUGUGCCAUUCAAAAAGCCGCAACCUGAACCACUAUCACCACGGCGCGAUUCAAAUCAGACCUUCUUCCCGCCCCAAGUUUCAGAGUACUCGAGUGUGGAAGCCAGUCCUGCACCAGAAACCCCUCCUUCCAUGGGCGAAGAGUGGCGCAAUGUUGAAACUGUAUCUCCUCCCGGGAGGAUACCCUCGGAUAUGGUUAAACUAUUAAACUAA